AUGGGCAGAAGAAAGAUCGAAAUACAACCCAUCACGCACGAACGAAACCGUUCUGUCACCUUUUUAAAGCGCAAGAACGGCCUCUUCAAAAAGGCGUACGAGCUCGGCGUUCUCUGUUCCGUCGACGUCGCCGUCAUCAUCUUUGAGGAACGACCAGGACACCAUGUAAAGCUCUACCAGUACGGGAGCGCCGACAUCCACGACAUCGUCCAGAGGCAUCUUAGGCACGACGGUGAGAAAGACACCCGUGGGCCCCAGGAUUUCUCGGGCAACAACAGCGCAAAGCUCGACGACAUCGGCGAGGACGACGAUGGUGACGACGACGACGACGAUAUCCCGCGUGGGAAGCGAAGGCACGACGGAAAGAUGAAGUCGGGCGGCGACAUGGUUACGGGCAACGUCGAUUACUCCUCUGGACACCGUAAUCUUCCAAUCGCGCAACCACCACCUCUCUCGCUGCAUGGUCUUUCUUCUCAAUCUACCGGCGGUGGUCGACCCACCCUCCCCGUCUCGGACUCACGCAGCAUGGACAUGCGGGACAACAAGCGCAACAGCCAGCGGCCGAGCCUCCAUCUAGGCCACAGCCGCUCUCCCUCGGACGACGUCAACUCUGGCAACGGCAACUACCCCUACUACCCCGGACAAAACUCAGGCGCCUUCGCCCGCUCAGGGCAAUACGGCCACCACUCGUCCCAGGGCCCGCACCACCCAGGCGGUGGUGGGGGCGGCGGCGGCGGGGGAGGGGGAGGCGGGCACCAUAGCGGCGGCCCGCAGUACCAGCCGUUCUUCCCCGUCUCUGGCCAACACAACUCGCCCCCGUCGUCAUUCAUCCCUCUGCAGACCUCGUCAGACUUCUCCCGCGGUCCCUCGUCGCGCGGCGGCGGCGGCGGCGGCGGUGGACCAGGCUUUGGCAUCCCGUCACGCAGCAGCGAUCUCUACCCCGGCAUACUGCGCAACCAGUCUUCGACCUCGUCGCAGUCUACAGGCCCCGGCGGGAGCGGCGGGGGGAAUGGGGACCUGUUCGCCGCUUUUUUGGACGCGGACGAGCAGAGCCGCCACCAGAGCCACUCGGGGGGCGGUCCGAGUCUUGUUGGGCUGGACUGGCCGGUGCACAACACGAGCGGUGGUGGGGGCGGGUCGUCGGGCGGACCCUCUGGGCCGUCUAGCUCAGUACCGCACCUCUCCUCGUCGUCGGCGGCCGCACCGUCGCCUGUGUCGGUGUCGGUGCUCGGUGGUCCGGGGGGCAGCAGCAGCUCGGGCAACUGGCUCGACUUUCUUUCUGGUAACAAUAAUAACAAUAACAAUAGUAACAACAAUGGCAAUGGAAAUGGAAACGUGGGAGGCGGGCGCGAUGCGUUAUCGUGGGAACGCGGUGGCGAGCAUAGGGGGGGUGGUGGUAUAUCGGAUAUAUUCGGUGGAGGACAACAUGCUGAGCGCGGGAGGUCGAAUAGUAUUGUGGGCAUUGGUGUUGGUGUUCUAGGUGGGGUGGGGAAACAUGCGCAUACGAAGAUUGAGGAGGACUCGGGCGGGUUCAGUGGGCCUGGAGGCAUUUUGGCGUCCCCUGCGAGCUUGACUGGGAGGAUUGGGAUCAAGUCGGAUGUCUUGAAGGAUGGGUGA